ACCAGGCACCAACCUCCCGCGUCUCCAGCCCUCCAGCGCCGCUGGGAACCUCCCCGGGUUGUCCCUGCGCUCCAGUGCCCCCCACCGCUUCACCCCGCUGCAACCCGCGCCCCUGCCCGAGGCAGCUCCCCGCCACACCCAGCCUGGCCCCUCCCGCCACGCCCCUUUCGCUGCCCAAGCAGCUGGCUAGGGGGUCCCGUCCCGUCCAGUCCCGCGCGGGGCGGCCCCGGGACUGAGGCGCCGCCGCCGCCCUCGCGCCGCGCUAACGUUUAACUAGGCGCCGGGGAGCCGCGUGUGCCGGAGGGGAAGACGCUUCGCUCCUUCUGCCGCUCGCACCCGCACGGGGAGGAUCCGCUUCCCGCAGCUUCCAGUCAUGAAGACAUUAGUGAAGUAUCUGUUGGGAUUGCUUGCGAUUGCAGUGAUUGUUAUUGCCAUAGCUGUUCCUGUAGCUUUACUGGUAAAAACUGCAGGUACCACGUCAGACCCGCGUAGAACAUUUACCUUACAGGAUUAUUUAGAUGGUGACAUUAGAUACAAAACAUAUAAUUUACAAUGGAUUUCAGGAAAUCAAUACCUGCACAAAACCGCUGACAAUGACAUUGUGCGUGUAAAUGCUGAGGAUCAAGCAAUCUCAGAAGUUCUGAAAAAUAGCACAUUAGCCACAUAUGGAGCUACCACAGCUAUAUUAUCUCCUGACCAAAAAUUUGCUCUUCUUCAAUACAACUAUGUGAAGCUCUGGAGGCAUUCAUACACGGCUUCAUACCACAUCUAUGAUUUAAAUACAAGUUCCUUAGUAACUGAGAACCUACUGCCUAAUGAUACCCAAUACAUAUCCUGGUCACCUGUUGGUCACAAACUGGCAUAUGUUUGGAAUAAUAACAUUUACAUAAAAGAAUCACCAGGUGUGUUGAGUGUGCAGAUCACCUCAAAUGGAGAAGAAAAUAAAAUUUUUAAUGGAAUAGCUGACUGGGUGUACGAAGAGGAAAUGUUUGGCACCUAUUCUGCUCUGUGGUGGUCUCCAAAUGCCAAUUUUCUAGCAUAUGCAGAGUUGAAUGAUACAGAAGUUCCUGUUAUGGAGUAUUCCUUUUAUGCAGAAGACACGCUGCAGUAUCCAAAGACCAUUAGACUCCCAUAUCCCAAGGCAGGAGCUGCAAAUCCUACUGUAAAAUUAUUUGUUGUGAAUACCCAAUCUCCUCCCACUGUGAAUUCCAGUGAAAUUAUUGCGCCAGCUAGUAUAAUAUCAGGGGAUCACUAUUUGAGUGUUGUAACAUGGGUAACAGACGAAAGGCUCUGUCUGCAGUGGCUCAGAAGGAUUCAGAAUUUUUCAGUCCUUGCGAUCUGUGACUUUACAAGAGAGAAUGGAAUGUGGCAAUGUCCAGAGGGCCAACAACAUACAGAAGAAAGUAAAACUGGCUGGAUCGGCACAUUUCAGCCUUCUGAUCCUUACUUUACAUCUGAUAAUAUUAGCUACUACAAAAUUUUAAGCAAUACAGAGGGCUUCAAGCACAUUCACUAUAUCAACAGCACAGGGAGCAGAAUACCUAUUACACAUGGAAAAUGGGAAGUAAUCAGCAUAGAAGCUGUAACCAAUGACUUUAUAUACUACAUCAGUAAUGAAUUUGGUGGAAAGCCAGGAGGAAGAAACCUUUAUAAAGUGUCGGUUGGAAAUGGUCCAACCACACCUAAGUGUGUGAGCUGUGAUCUGGACAAAGACAGAUGUCAGUAUUAUUCUGCAUCCUUCAGCAAUGAUGCACAGUAUUAUCUGCUGAAUUGUUAUGGUCCCGGCCUGCCCAUUUCUAUGCUGUCCAGAAGUAGUGACGAUCAUGUCAUCAGAAUUCUGGAAAACAACACAGACUUGGACAGUAUGUUGAAGGAUAUUCAAAUGCCUUCCAAAAAAGUUGACACCAUUAGUCUGAAUGGAUACACAUUGUGGUAUCAGAUGAUCUUACCUCCCCAUUUUGAUUCAUCGAAGAAGUACCCUCUGCUCCUUGAUGUCUAUGCAGGACCCUGCAGUCAGAAAGCAGAUUAUGCCUUCCGUAUCAAUUGGGCUACAUACCUUGCAAGCACAGAACAGAUCAUUGUGGCUAGCUUUGAUGGCAGAGGAAGUGGCUACCAAGGAGAUGAAAUUAUGCAUGCAAUAAAUCGAAGACUGGGAACAUAUGAAGUAGAGGAUCAAAUCUCAGCAGCUAGAAAAUUUUCUGAAAUGAGCUUUGUCGAUAAGAACAGAAUAGCUAUUUGGGGCUGGUCUUAUGGGGGGUAUGUGACCUCCAUGGUGCUUGGAUCUGGAAGUAAAGUGUUCAAGUGUGGAAUAGCUGUAGCCCCAGUGUCACGCUGGCAAUAUUAUGAUUCAAUAUAUACAGAGCGUUACAUGGGUCUUCCUGUAGCAAGCGAUAAUCUGAAAAACUAUGAGAGUUCAACAGUCAUGGCCAAAGCUCAAAAUUUCAAAGAAGUUGAGUAUCUCCUUAUUCACGGAACAGCAGAUGAUAACGUUCACUUUCAGCAAGCAGCACAGAUCUCCAAAGCUCUUGUUGAUGCCGAGGUGGAUUUCCAAGCAAUGUGGUAUACAGACAAAGACCAUGGCAUUGGAGGAGAGGCGCACAGCCAUAUUUACACCCAUAUGAGCCAUUUCAUAAAGCAAUGUUUCUCAUUGCCCUAGCACCAAAACGGCAUUUCAUACUAUACUGGGAUUUCUUUAUCAAGUUGUUAAUAAUGGCA